UGAGAACUGAUGAAGGGCUAACGCUCCAAACGUUAGCUUUUUUAUUCGUUACGGUGGCCAAUUUACAACCCUGAGAACUUAAGAUGGCGUUUUCCAAGAAACCCAAAGUGCAAAACACGGCAGUCGUAAAACUUAACAUUGGCGGUGAUUGCUACACAACAAGUCGUCCUACACUUACGAAAUAUCCAGGUACGAAGCUAGCUGACAUUUUUUCACCGAAGUCUACGACUAUACGCGCUGAAGAUUGCACUUUCUUCUUCGACCGAGACGGAACUCACUUUAAGUUUAUACUCAAUUAUCUUCGCACUGGAAAAUUAACUUUGCCAGAAGGAGAAACAGCUCUCCGCCAACUACAGGAGGAAGCUGAUUUUUAUCAGAUUAAAGCAAUGCUGGAUGAAUUAGAGUUCAACUCAGAAAUUCUAACAAAUAAAGAACACCGAAGCCUGUUGUUGAGGUGGCUGCCACCCCAGAAUACAGAGAACAGGCGACGAAGCCUUCGUCUCCUAUUCCGCGCCUCUCAAGAUGGCUUCAGAGCGAAAACGUUUCAUUCCAAAUGCGACAGUAAAGGACCCACGCCCACCAUUGUUCAGAGUGGAGACUACGUAUUUGGUGGAUUCACUGAAGAGUCUUGGAGCAGCCAAGGUGGUUACGCGACAUGCACAGAAGCAUUUUUGUUCAGCAUUGUCAACCCGCGUGGCCUAGAACCCACCAAAAUGCCACUCAAGCAACAAGAUCAGCAAUACGCCAUCUACUGUAAGAGUGACUUUGGACCAACGUUUGGGGGAGGGAGGGAUGGGCAUGACCUAUACAUCUCGGACAAUGCAAACAUAUCCGCCUCAAGUUCAGUUUGUCUCGGCGACACUUAUGAUACUUGUGAUAUUUACAAUGGCUAUGAUUUUAAUGAUUCCGACAAAACUACCGUAAGGGAUGAUUACUUCUUUACUGGGAAAACGCUUUUCAACGUGACAAAUUACGAAGUGCUUCAGCUCUUCAACUGAGAUGUAAUUCGUGACAGAGGCAGUUCAUAAAUAAUGAAUGACAGUCGGUAACCUGGAAAAAAAUUAUGUAACUUUCAGAAACUGACUAUGAUUAACAAACGAAUAAGGCAAAAACAGGAAAAAUACAAGUAGAAAAAGAAAAAAAAAAGAAAGAAAUUGAUUGAAAUGUUAUGUAAACUGAGAGAAGGAGUCAAUCAUUCCUUGAAAAUCGAAACAAUGGCUGUCACAAACGUAAUAAUUGUCUAUGUUAAGUUCGUUAGAGUGUGAUCGAACAGAAGUUUCAGGCCCGGAGUAACACGUAAAUUGGUGAGUCAUUAAAGGUACUGUUCGUGUGUUUAA